ACUCAACUAUGUGUCACGCAUAUGGCAGCAAAUUGGUCAACAUAGAAGAUGCUGAUAAACUGUCAAAAGUAGCGGCAUUUUUGAGUGGUAUAGGCGUGACCGACACAGCAAACGUGUUCAUUGGUUUGACAAAUAUGUUAAAUGAUCCUAAAGUAUGGGUAUGGUAUGGCGGAAACAAAACCGAAUACACUAAUUGGGCAUCUGGCCAGCCAGCAAUUGCUAACAGAGAUAAUUGUGUCUUAAUGACAGCAGGAAAUCCCGACAAUAAGUGGAAAGCGUCUUCGUGUUUAUCUGGAGCAUUUGCUGUGUGUGAACGAGAGGCAGAAAUUGCAGACUUGCCGGCAUAAACGCCCCAGUGUUUGUCAAUGAAUUAUAAAAUAAAGGUUUUCCGUUUUUAGAUUUUAAAGUUUGUCUUUCUCUAUCUUGUGUAAAUACGAACAUGUACACACACACAUGCUAUACAUAAUAUUUUAUAUAGUUCAUAAAGGUUGUUAGAGUCCUUAACAGUGAUGGGAUGUGAUACGUUAAGAACUCGUCCAUAACAUCAUCUAUACCAUACCUUCUACUGUUAUAUAGUG